UUUCCCAAUCCGCUGUCUGUCCCAACAGCGUGCGCCGCUGCAGCUCCGGUCAAACCGCCCAAGGCCCAGCAAAUCAUGAAUCGCUACAACCGUCCUGUCUCAAGGCCAACGGGAAGUCGAUAUAAUGAUGACUUUGGCUAUAGCAUGGAGCACCAGAACGACGAGCAGGUCGAUCUGCUCUCGCAAAAGACCAGUCAACUUCGAGAGAUUACUUUGAGCCUCGGAGACGAGGUCCGCAACCAACAGGAAAUGCUGCGUGGAAUGGAAACGCAAUUCGGAGCGACAGGCGACCUCCUUGGCCAGUCGAUGAAGCGCUUGCAGCAAAUGGCCAAGACACAGACCGGGCGGUGGUUUCUCUAUAUGGUCCUCUUUGUGUUGGUUGUCGUGCUGUAUGUAUACUUCUUUCACAUUAGAAAGUAGAUAUAAAAUCACCAGCCGGACCCUCGAGUCCGCUCCUGUGACUGAAGUUAUAUAUUUUUUGCGCACCACCCCACCGUCGAGCUGAACGUUCAAGAAAACGCACUCGGCCGUGGAGACCCGGGCGCAUCAAGCAUCGCUGGCGCAAGUCGGCAUUCG